GCUAAACACACCAUAGCCAAAAAGAAAUAGAGAGAACAAGAAAAGAUUAGAGUCCUAGCAAUGGAAGAAGUAGUUGUCAUUAUAGGUGCUGGUCCUGCAGGGUUAGCAACCUCUGCAUGUCUUAACCAUCUUAAUAUCCCAAAUCUUGUUCUUGAAAGAGAGGACUGUUAUGCCUCCUUGUGGAGAAAAAGGGCAUACGACCGAUUAAAAUUACACCUUGGGAAACAGUUCUGUGAGCUCCCUCACCUAUCUUUCCCAUCCGAUGCACCUAUUUUCAUGCCCAAAAAUGAGUUCAUCGCUUACUUAGACAACUAUGUGUCACGUUUUGACAUAAAAAUUCGAUACCACCGUUAUGUGGAGUCUGCUUUUUAUGAUGAAACUGCUAAGAAAUGGUGUGUUGAGGCAGAGAACACAGAAUUGAAUGUUAAGGAGGUUUAUUUUGUGAAGUUUUUAGUGGUUGCAACUGGUGAAAAUAACCAAGGUUUGAUACCAGAAGUGGUGGGGCUUAAUAGCUUUGCAGGGAAGUGGAUGCACUCGAACAAGUAUGAGAAUGGCAAGGAAUUUGCAGGCAAAGAUGUUUUGGUCGUUGGCUGUGGGAAUUCUGGCAUGGAAAUUGGUUAUGAUUUGGCUAGCUAUGGUGCUAAUGUCUCCAUUGUUGCUCGUAGCCCAGUACAUAUAGUUACCAAGGAAAUUGUGUUCCUUGCCAUGCGUUUGUUGGAAUACCUUCCAUGUAGGUUUGUGGAUUCCAUUGUUUUGAUGCUUAGCGACCUUAAGUUCGGAGAUCUCUCCAAAUAUGGACUCAAGAAGCCAAAGGAAGGGCCAUUUUAUCUUAAAGCACUAACUGGUCGAUCUCCUACUAUUGAUGUUGGUGCCAUGGAGAAGAUUAAAUCAAAACAAAUUCAGGUUUUGCCAUCGAUAACAAGCAUUAAUAGAAAAGAAAUCAAAUUUGAAAAUGGAAAAAUCAACGAAUAUGAUGCUAUUAUAUUUGCUACUGGCUACAUAAGCACCGUGCGAAAAUGGUUUAAGGGUGGCAAUGACCUAUUCAAUGAUAAUGGAAUGCCUAAGCAACGUUUUCCAAGUCAUUGGAAAGGGGAAAAUGGCAUAUACUGUGCAGGGUUUUCCAGCAGGGGACUGAUGGGCAUUUCAAAUGAUGCUCGAAACAUUGCCAAUCAUAUUAACUUGGCACUAAGUCAAAACUCCUGAUACAUCUGCAGGAAACUUCACUAAGUUAUGCUUCCUGAUUAUCUAUCCACCUUUUUGCUUAAUUAAAUUUUUCUGUUAAGUGUAUUAGUAGUUUCAGCAAUUUAAGUUUGCUUUUGCUUUAUAAUUUCAAUGGAUGUAACACCAUGGGCUCUUUAUCAAAUUAUCAUUAGUGCAGUUUCGUUU